UACUUCUUUUCGGCACAAGUUUCUGCCGCUUCGUAGAGCAGCCGCGGAAGGACCAGUGAGGGGCCGAGGGUCCGCCGUCCCUGGCCCUCCGGCCAUGUGGGGGCGAUUCCUGUCCUUGGAGCCCGGCGGCCCCGGCGGAGUGCGCAGCUACCCCACGGGCCAAGAUUACUCCCCUACAGCAUGGUUAUCUGGUACUGAAUCUAUGUGGCAGGCCACAACUGUUCCAUCAAGCACUCGUAAUAGCCACACCCGACGACAUAGCAUAGCUUCUGACAGUGGGGACACUGGCAUUGGAACAUCUUGUUCUGACAGUGUGGAAGACCAUUCUACUUCAAGUGGUACAUCAUCAUUCAAGCCCAGCCGCUCACUAGUCACAAUUCCCACUGCCCAUGUGAUGCCGUCUCAUUCCAGUUCUUCAAUUUCUAAACAUAGGGAAGCACUGACACCUGAUGGAUCAAAAUGGAGUACAGGUUUUGUACGAACGAUGGGAAACCGAAAUCGAGGAGAACUGGACACUUCACUUGACAUGAAGGACAUGCGACCUAUCCGAAAAUGGUCUUCUUUGUCCAAACUUAACCUCCCAGAUAACUGUAGUCAAGAUGGCAGUGUUCGAUCCGAGGAAUCCAGGAGUAGUUUCGAUAAAUCAGAGAGAGAGAGAGUUUUACUAGCACAACUAAGGGCAAAUGGUCCCAGCUGCUUACAUGAUAGUAUGGAGAUGCUUCAACUAGAGGACAAGGAAAUGAAUAAAAUACGGUCUUCAACUCUUGACUGUAAAUAUAAAUUUGAGAGCUGUAGCAAAGAAGACUUGGGAAUCUCUCCUGCUCAUAGGAGACAUGCCUUAGAUAAGACAUACAGUGCCUUACCUGAAAGCAAGUCCUCUAUAACAAAUUCAGAGCCUUAUGAACAAAAAUAUCUAAUGCUGGGCCAGCAGGCUGUGGGUGGAAUUCCUAUUCAGCCCUCUGUUAGAACUCAAAUGUGGCUUACGGAUCAAUUACACGCAAAUCCUCCAGAUUGUAGGUCUCUUGAUGAAGCUUUUACCAUAGCUCCUUGGCAGCAGCAGCAGCUUGAAGAAUUCAGACAAGGCAGUGAACCACCUAUGCAGGUUUUGACUGGCCCUCGUCAAAAUUAUUCAUCUUCUGGCUACCAUGAUUUCAAUAGAUGGGAAUCUUUAUUGAAAAUCAAAGAAGGAUUGCUAAGACAGAAGGAAAUUGUAAUUGACAGGCAGAAACAACAAAUAACCAACCUCCAUCAGAGGAUCAGGGAUAAUGAAUUACGAGCACAACAUGCCAUGUUGGGUCAUUUUGUAAAUUGUGAGGAUUCUUAUGUUGCAGGUUUGCAGCAACCACAAUAUGAUAACUCUUCACUACAGGCUCCAUUUCCUGACCGAUCAAUAUGUCGCCCUGAACAAGAGGAACUUGAACGAAAGCUUGCAUCUGCUGAAAAAGAGCUUUUGCAACUCAAUGAGUUUCUCAAGCAAAGUGCAAACAAAUCUAAUGAAGAGAAGAAGAAACUGGAAGAGAAGCUUAAAACCAGAGAUAGGUAUAUUAGUAGCCUGAAAAAGAAAUGUCAGAAGGAAUCUGAACAAAAUAAAGAGAAACAAAGACGAAUUGAGACCUUGGAAAAGUACUUGGCUGACCUGCCAACUCUGGAUGACAUGCAGAACCAGAGCCAGCAGCUGCAGAUCCUAGAAGAAAAAAACAAGAACUUACAAGACACUGUAAAAGACAUGGAGAAAAAACUUGGAGAGAUCAAAACUCAAUAUCAAGAGAAAGAAGUACAACUGGCCUGUCAACGGAAGAAAGAAAAGGAGUUGGUUACCACUGUGCAAAGUUUACAACAGAAAGUGGAAAGGUGUCUUGAAGACGGUAUCCGGCUACCCAUACUAGAUGCAAAACAACUUCAAGAUGAAAAUAAUCACCUCAAAGAACAGAACGAGCAUGCCAGUAAGGUAAUAAGCAGCCAGCAAAAUAAAAUCGACAGAAUGUUGUUAGAAAUUCAGUCUAUGCAAGAGAAACUUGGUCAAGAGAAAUUGACAACUCAGAAAAUGGAGAAAGAGCUAGAAGAAAAAGAAAAGACUAUAAUGAAGUUAACAGAAACUUUACUUGAAAACCAAAGACUAAGUGAAGAAUAUUCUCCUUUCUUGGAAGAACAGCAAGAGAAACAGUCCAAGCAGCAGGCUGAUUUAUCUUUACAGCCACUAUUGAAUUUGAACAUGGUUGACCAAUUAUUCAAGGAAAUGUCCCAUUGUUUGUUUGACUUGAAAGCAUUGUGCAGUAUUCUUAAUCAGAGAGCUCAGGGCAAGGAGCCUAAUCUUUCAUUAUUGCUUGGAAUCAGAUCUAUGAGCUCUUCAACUGAAGAGACUGAAAAUGACCACAGCCCAGAAUCACUGACUAAAAAACUAUCAGACAUGUGCCAGUUACGGAAGGAGAUUGAUGAAUUAAGGACUAUGAUAUCUGACCGCUAUGCUCAGGACAUGGGAGACAACUGCAUUACCCAAUGAUAAAGUAUUGGUCCCACAGCAAUAAUGACUCAUUGCUCAGUGCUGCUGUGUUAUCUAUUCUUCACCUUUCUGUUCAGGAGCCAUAUUGGAAGAUUGCAUUUCUAUUUGACCUGCAUAUAGGUUUUUCUGUGUAUUGUUUCAUUUUUGUGUAGGGAACUGUGGGGCUGGGAAAUAAUGGAAUUUAUUUAAUCAAGAAAAAAAACUCAAAUGAUUCAAAUCACCAUUUGAAAAGUAUGAUAAAAUCUACAAGGGAAAAAAAAAACUAUUCUCAAAACUACUGAUUGUAGGACCAAGCUGUGAAAAAUACUAUUUAAAUAAAGAGGUAGGGUUUUUUUUUUUUUAAAUACUAUGGCAUUUUAAUGUUUAUGAAGGUUUCUGGAGUUGAAACAAAGGUUCCAAGGAAGGUACUGAUUAUAUCUCCAUUUAUUGUUCCUUCUGAUAGAAGACGUGUUGCACAUUUAGGAAGCUCAAGGAUUAAAUGAAGCAAGGUUUACAUCUACUCCUUUACCAGGGUCAUGGAAGAUGCUUUUGCUUUUGGAACAAUCAUGUGAUUGAAAGAUGCAGUUUUGGGGGUUAGGAUUAGAGUAGUAUGUAGACAAGUGAUCUACUUUUUAGUAUGCUUUCAAGCUACCUAUAACAGUUGGAAAAAUUUGAUAUGAUAAAGUACCUUUUCAUCAAAAUGGGUGUUUUCUAGCAUUUGUGUUCUUUUCCAGCAAAGGGGAUAUUUAGCAUUAGCUUUUGCUAAUAUCUUCACAUACUUAUUGUUUGAUUUUUCUUUGUGGGGCAAGGUAAGUUGCUCAUCUGUAAAGAACUUUGUGAACAUAAAACUUUAUAGUUAAAAAUCAGAAGAGAAUCCUUCAGUAUCUUCUCGCAUAAAGGUUGCAGGUAAUCAUCAAGAAGGGAAAUUAAGAAUACUAGCUUUGGUUCAGAUUCUUAGCACAUAAAAAAUUUUCAAAUUGAAGGCUAUUGAAAAAGUUAGCUGUAAUGUAUUUGGAUGUUUGCCAACACAAAGAAGAUACAGAUUACACUUAGCUGGUUCCUUUUAUUUAUUGCAUUCAUCCAUUGAGACAGCUCCUUAUUUACAAGUACUUACAAGUACUAACUUGACUGUGCUAGUUCUUUAACUUAUACCAGAUGUGAGUCUUAAGAUAACAUGAAUAAUUUUUUUUAAAAGCAUAAUUGAAUUUUAUGUAUCCAAAUUAAUUCAACAUUAUUCACUUAACCCAAAAUUAGAUCUAUUGCUUAAUGUGCUUUUGAAAAUAAUCGUUUAGCAUUGCCUUCAGAAUUUUUGACACAAAUUUAACCUUAUUGUGGAAGGUUCAUUAAUUUUUAGAAAAUGACCAAAAAUUAUUUAGAACCAAAUUACUAAAAAGCUAAUAUUUGUUUUGUAAAAACUAUGUAAGUAAAGUAAAUAUAAGGAGUGAGUCCACAAAUGUUUUGAGCAAAGGAAACAUCAUUGAAAUAGCCAUGUAUCUUUUUGAGGUCACUGUUUUCAGGCAACUUAUUUUCAUGUAUUCAAUCUGAGAAGUUUUUUUUUUUUUUUUAAAUACUAUGGCAUUUUAAUGUUUAUGAAGGUUUCUGGAGUUGAAACAAAGGUUCCAAGGAAGGUACUGAUUAUAUCUCCAUUUAUUGUUCCUUCUGAUAGAAGACGUGUUGCACAUUUAGGAAGCUCAAGGAUUAAAUGAAGCAAGGUUUACAUCUACUCCUUUACCAGGGUCAUGGAAGAUGCUUUUGCUUUUGGAACAAUCAUGUGAUUGAAAGAUGCAGUUUUGGGGGUUAGGAUUAGAGUAGUAUGUAGACAAGUGAUCUACUUUUUAGUAUGCUUUCAAGCUACCUAUAACAGUUGGAAAAAUUUGAUAUGAUAAAGUACCUUUUCAUCAAAAUGGGUGUUUUCUAGCAUUUGUGUUCUUUUCCAGCAAAGGGGAUAUUUAGCAUUAGUUUUUGCUAAUAUCUUCACAUACUUAUUGUUUGAUUUUUCUUUGUGGGGCAAGGUAAGUUGCUCAUCUGUAAAGAACUUUGUGAACAUAAAACUUUAUAGUUAAAAAUCAGAAGAGAAUCCUUCAGUAUCUUCUCGCAUAAAGGUUGCAGGUAAUCAUCAAGAAGGGAAAUUAAGAAUACUAGCUUUGGUUCAGAUUCUUAGCACAUAAAAAAUUUUCAAAUUGAAGGCUAUUGAAAAAGUUAGCUGUAAUGUAUUUGGAUGUUUGCCAACACAAAGAAGAUACAGAUUACACUUAGCUGGUUCCUUUUAUUUAUUGCAUUCAUCCAUUGAGACAGCUCCUUAUUUACAAGUACUUACAAGUACUAACUUGACUGUGCUAGUUCUUUAACUUAUACCAGAUGUGAGUCUUAAGAUAACAUGAAUAAUUUUUUUUAAAAGCAUAAUUGAAUUUUAUGUAUCCAAAUUAAUUCAACAUUAUUCACUUAACCCAAAAUUAGAUCUAUUGCUUAAUGUGCUUUUGAAAAUAAUCGUUUAGCAUUGCCUUCAGAAUUUUUGACACACAUUUAACCUUAUUGUGGAAGGUUCAUUAAUUUUUAGAAAAUGACCAAAAAUUAUUUAGAACCAAAUUACUAAAAAGCUAAUAUUUGUUUUGUAAAAACUAUGUAAGUAAAGUAAAUAUAAGGAGUGAGUCCACAAAUGUUUUGAGCAAAGGAAACAUCAUUGAAAUAGCCAUGUAUCUUUUUGAGGUCACUGUUUUCAGGCAACUUAUUUUCAUGUAUUCAAUCUGAGAAGUUUUUUUUUUUUUUUUAAAGUAUUGGUCACAUUAUUUUUAGAGGCAGGCCUCAUAUAUAAAAUGUUCUGCAGUUUUAGUUCAAGUAACAAUUCUAAUAUAUUCAACUUGGAUUCUGCCCAGUGCCUGUAUAAAAUACUCCCUUGCUAGUAACUGAGGUGAUUUAAGGAGGUACUAACUCAGUCACUAAGGACUCAUUAAUUCAGUUCAGUAAUGAUAUCUUCCUCUGCAUCUUAAUAUAUAAUAUGGCAUGAUACAGGCACCAGAGAGAAUAAAUAAUAUGUUUGAUUUAUUUUUUCAUUUUUUAAAGGGGGGAGGGAAGCCCACCUCUAUUAUAAAGCACUAAAGUAGCAUUUCUAUCUAAAUAGAUGAUACAAAAAUGAAACCUUACAAUGGGUGGAUAUUUUAUUAUUAUCUCUCUAUUCUUUAGAAUUGACAUUCUUAGCAUUGGUGAAAAAUGCCUCAAUAAUAAAGCAGAUAGAAUAAAUACAAUCUCUUUGGAUAGGCCAUUCCCAGCUCUUGGAAAGAGAAAGUCACUGGACUUGGGCUAGACAAUCAACAAGUUAGAUCACCAAAUGAUCUUGUUUAAAUAUCUCUUAUACUGUUUGAUAAUAAGUUGUUGAGUGUUGGUUCUUCCCUUUUUCCUCCUUUUCCUCCCCCAUUGUUUUAUUUGUUUGUUUUUAUCCCAAUAGUCAACCUUUUCUAGAUCUGUUUGUUCAUUUGGCUUAGUUGUCAUGAAAUUUUUUCAGGGCAUUGUUAUUUUAAUAAGUUAAAUGUUUAAUAAGUCAAAACAUAGAAUUAAUUUGCACUAAAGUAACUUUAUAGUGAGCAUUUUUUAAAAAGUAAAUUUAAUAGAAAACACGCAGAUACUGUUGUCUUCAGUUGUAGAACUGAAAUCAUCUUAAACUAUUUCUUAUUGAACACCUUGAACUUUGAAAUUGUAAAUGUUCAGAAAUUAUUGCAAUGGUAUAUAAAAAAGAAAAUAUUCGGAAUUUGAAUUUAACCUGCUUUGAAGGUUCUCUUUAGCUUCAGAAAACCUUUUAAUGCACUAUUGUGACUUGGAAAUGUGCUUGCUCUUUAGAUAGGGCCUUUUAAUAUUCAGAGUAUAUUCCCCUUUGAAUAUUGGUCAUUUGAUUUUUGAAGUGAAUUUAAUUUGCUUCCUUCACUUUAAAACAAGAAGAUAAGAAGUUGGUGUCUCAGUCAAAGGUUUAGAUUAAUCCAUGCAGAUCAGAUUACUUGAUUUACCAGACAUAAUAGUUAUCUUUCAUUCAUGUCAGCAAACACUCUGGUAUUAUUGAUCUCUUGGCAAAUCGGUAUUCAUUUAUAGUGACCUAUCAGAUUGGAAAAAUAAGCUUUGAUUGUGUAAAAUAUGCUGGAUUGUUUACCUGAUUGAAAAUACUUUAUGGACCCAUUUCACAUAAGUAACAAAGUUGUUUAAUAUUAAUGGUGGCAUAAUUUAGUGAAACCAAUUUCAGGCAUGGACAAUGUAUUAGACUCCAUUAGUCAUGAUAAUUUUCUUCAGUAGCUAUCAAGAGACAAUCUCAAGGGCUGGAAAAAAAUUGAUCAUAAUGGAUACUGUACAGUUCUGUCUUAUGGGCUUAUUAACCUAUGUAUAGUUUUGUGAUUAAUUUGUAGGACUUGCUGAGCAUAUUUUUAUAGAAAUUCCAUAUUUAAAAAUGUACUUUAAAAUAUCAGUAAUUGCUCUUUGAGCAAAGAAUAGCUAAGGCCCAGAACUGUACAUGUUUUUGUAGUGUAGUUGUGCUUUAACAUACAUCUAGCUUGCAUUAUUGGCAUCUGUUGUAUUAGUUUGUAUCAUUGUAUAUUUGUAAUUAUUAAGCAAUUCUUAGAAUGACCCCCAAACUCAGGCUAAACAAUUUGAAACUGCCAAGUAGAUGCAGCCACAAGAGCCAAAGUUAAUUCUCAUUACAUUUUUGACAUUGUCUGUUUUCCACAAGCAAGAGAAAAGCUUUCACACUUAGUAUGUAAAGAGAAAGCUAUACCUGUCCUAACCCCAAUGAUCUUGCUGUGGAAUUUUGCUCAUCUAUAACCCUUGUUGUUCCAUAAAGGCAUUUAUCUUAGAGGGGGAAAACCAAUUUUGGGAUGCAAUUAUCCUUUUUAAUUAAAAUAAUAAUAUUGAACAUGGUUAGAUUUCCAAAUCAAUAACUCAUUAGCAAUAUUAAUUCCACAGUUGUAUACAGUCAGCACCCUUGUGCCUUUUUGCCUGCAGUACACAUGUUCAUUUCCAUUUUACAUAAGCUUUAAGAAUGUCAAUAAUUAUUGCACCUUGUUUCUUCUCUAACUAGACUUUCUUAAGCUUUUUUUUCCCCAACAAGGAGAAAUAAUUAAUAAAUAUAGGAAUAGGUCCUAGGCAUUUGUUUUUGGAGCUGAGCUCUUGACUUUUAUAAGUGAGCAGGAAAUCUCCAUCAGAAUGUAUUCAUUUAUAACUAUCAAUUACAGUAUUGCAUAGGUGUGAGAAGUAGGGUGCUUGACAGUUACAUUAAAAGCACAGCAGUGUGUAUUAUUAGAUCAGUCUCUAUGACUGGUAGUUUUAGAAAUUGGGUUCAGUUUUUGAGCCAUUCAGAAUACCUCAUGUGUAAAUACAGUUGUCACGACUUAAUUGAAAUGCAGUCACUGUUUUUAAAAAAAAAAAAAAAAAAAAAAAAAGUGAAGCCACUGGAUGGCUUAUGCCUUCAGGCCUAUCAUUCUUGCCUCUUUGUGUAAAGGGGUUGUAUUUUUUUGUGUGUGUGUUUGGGGGGGUUUUAUAUUAUAAAAAAUAGGGUUUACAGCUAGAAUUUUGAAUGCCAAAGUUCUAUUUAUUAAAUAUAAAGAAAGUUUUCAAUGUUAAUGGCUAGUAUUUUUCCACUGGAGUAUUGUUUGUUGAUGUUUGGAUUUGUAUUUACAGAGAAAUAAAUUUUUUACAAAACUA